UGUAGAGCGACAUCAGACUCGGGGAAUGUUCCUCCGCUGAAGUUUGCUCUUACACAUUUUCUCCAACACCCGCUGUGAAAUGGAGACUACGACCAACACUUCUGCUGUGAAGUAAUUUCAAAUCGGCGUAUACGUGACGAACAGCAUUCAGCCUUCAGAACCAGUCAACCAUUGCGAUAUAAAUCAGCGAGGAACCACAUCCCCAACUGGAAGAUCAUCUUUACCAAGUUUCUGCUACCAUGUCAUAGCUAAUGGUAGUUCAGCCCCAUUAGUUUUUCUUUCUAUUCAUUUUCCUUCCUCUCAGUAUCCCCUAUUCCCCUAUUCUCUCCUGAUGUGGUGAUUUCUGGCCAGCACCCAGCGUGAUGAGCAGCCUCCAUCAUGGCAGCACAGGCUCAGAGCGAGACCUUCACUCUGCCGCUUCCUCUGUUAGCCUUCCUUCAGUUAGAAAGACGCCAAAGAAACGUCGUCUAUCCCUCCAUUCACUCUUUGGCCGACGCUGCAGGCCCGACCGCGACGCCAAGCGCAAGUCGCGGACUUUGCAGCCUGCAGCUGGAGUGGAUGGCAUCGCCAGCAUUGAAAGUGUUCAUUCAGACACUUCCCAUGACAAAACCUCAAUCCAACCUCCUUCGGAUGUAGCAUCAACCUCAUCAGUGCCGGGGUCUUCCUCAGAUCUACUGGAGUGUCCUCUGUGCCUGCUGCGCCACGGACGCGAGCGCUUCCCAGACAUCAUGACCUGUCACCACCGUUCAUGCGCAGACUGCCUGCGACAGUAUCUGCGUAUCGAGAUAUCCGAGUCCCGUGUCAACAUCAGCUGCCCCGAGUGCUCAGAGCGCUUCAAUCCCCAUGACAUCCGGAUGAUCCUGGGAGACCGAGCCCUCAUGGAAAAGUAUGAGGAGUUCAUGCUGAGGAGGUGGCUGGUGGCUGAGCCAGACUGCCGCUGGUGCCCGGCUCCUGACUGCGGUUAUGCAGUCAUAGCGUUUGGCUGUGCCAGCUGCCCUAAGAUCACCUGUGGCCGUGAGGGCUGUGGGACUGAGUUCUGCUACCACUGCAAACAGCUGUGGCAUCCCAACCAGACAUGUGACACGGCACGGCAACAAAGGGCCCAGAACCUCCGGCUAAGGACUUUCAGGUCAUCCUCCCUCAGCUACAGCCAGGAGAGUGGAGCAGCAGGUGAUGACAUCAAGCCCUGCCCUCGUUGCUCUGCGUACAUCAUCAAAAUGAACGAUGGAAGCUGUAAUCACAUGACCUGCGCUGUCUGCGGCUGCGAGUUUUGUUGGCUCUGCAUGAAGGAGAUCUCUGACCUGCACUACUUAAGCCCAUCAGGCUGCACCUUCUGGGGAAAGAAGCCCUGGAGCAGGAAGAAGAAGAUUCUGUGGCAGCUGGGCACGUUGGUGGGGGCACCAGUGGGCAUCGCCCUCAUCGCUGGUAUCGCCAUCCCGGCUAUGAUCAUUGGCAUCCCGGUCUAUGUGGGCAGAAAGAUUCACAAUCGCUACGAAGGCAAGGACAUUUCCAAACACAAGAGGAACCUGGUGAUAGCUGGAGGUGUGACGUUGUCUGUGAUUGUGUCACCAGUGGUUGCUGCAGUUACUGUGGGUAUUGGUGUUCCCAUAAUGCUUGCUUACGUCUAUGGGGUUGUUCCAAUCUCCCUGUGCCGGAGUGGCGGUUGCGGCGUGUCUGCCGGGAACGGCAAGGGAGUGCGAAUCGAGUUUGAUGACGAAAAUGAAAACAUCGGUGGUGCGGCAGCAGCCACAGACACGACCUCAGUGGCAGAGACUCGGCUCAACAACCCGAGCCUGGGAGACGGAGCGAGUGUCGGGGGUCUGACGGGCCUGAGCCUCAGCGUCAGCGGGAGCCACAUGGAGCGCUGCGGCGUGAGCUCGGCUCAGCGGGACAACAUGAGCGACAACGCCAGCACCACGGCCCUGGCCGGCACCAGCAUCACCGGCAGCCUGUCUGGCAGCUGCUACAACCGGAUGGAAGUCCAGGCUGAUGUUCAGAAGGAGCGCUGCAGUCUGAGUGGCGAGUCGGCCACCGUCAGUCUGGGGACGGUCAGCGACAAUGCGAGCACAAAAGCCAUGGCGGGAUCCAUCCUCAGUGCCUACAUGCCUCUGGAAAGAGACAACAGUCUGGAGGUGCAGGCGGACGUGGAGCCCAAACAGGACAAGGUGAGACACGGCAGCGCCAGCAGCAGCCUGGACGGAGCCAGCUGCAGCAGCUCUGCGGGCGUCAAAGGAGCUGGCAGUAGCACAUGCCCGUGCUCGUGUCCCUCCACCUGCUGCUCCGACCAGCAGAGUAACUACCACUGCUGCCCCUCGUCCCCUUGGUCCAAGGAGCCUUCCACUUCAGGGGGCAAAAGGUGCAAAAGUACUCUUUGGAGAGGAGCUAGCAGCAGCAAAGGAGAAUCUAAAAUUGAUGAAACGCAAGGGGAUGUAGAUGCUCAGCUUCUGGAGCAGCGCAGCACAAACUCUUCUGAGUUCGAUUCCCCGUCCCUGAGCGGCAGCCUGCCCUCCGUGGCCGACUCGCACUGCAGCCACUUCUCCUCAGAGCUGAGCUGCUCGGAGCCUGAAACCUCAAAACCAGCUCACGCACAGGGCUCCCCCCCAGGGGAGCCCCACCUUCACCAUUCCACUGUCACAGCCCUGCCUGAGGUGGAGCACGAUCGCCUGGAGCACGUCCCCCCUCAGAGUGGGUACCCAGCCUUCACCCACAGCCUGCUGUCUUCCUCCCCACCUGCAUCGCCGAGAGAGGGAAGUAGUGGGACAUUUCUGUACAUCAGUGAGGAGGGUGGAAGUGAGGAUGCAGACACAGGGCCAGAAAAGGACACGAAAGAGACCACCAGCAGCACAGCAACGCCGUCUGUAAGCCCAGUUAGGAAGCACUGUAUACAAACCGACAUCUGAAGGAACUCUUAACAUCCUUCUUCCUCUUAUGUUUUUGGUUUUAGUUUUUUUUAUCAUUGCAAGCUCAGUUACCCUACACCCCCAUACAGCUUGGGAAGCUGACAAUCAAACACGAUUAAGCUGUGAAGACAUGAAUGUCAGUCUUGACGGUUACAAGAGAGUUAAAGUGUAAGUGAGUGAUUCGUGUCUCAAGUAUGCAGGAGUUUAGUUAAGUCAAAGAUCGUUCGGUUUUGUGAUGGAUGUGAAGUCUGUUGGUAAGCAGCCAGACUCAUAGCAAGUAAAGUUGAAUGUAGGUGGAUAGGUGUAAAGCAUGUUGGCGAGACGCUGCAGUUCUUACGAACUAGGGAAUCUAGGCAGUUCCUCAGUACGCCUUGGCUUCCCAAAUCCCUGAGCAUUUUUUUUUUUUCUUUUACCAUUUUCCCGAUUCUUAAAAUCCACUGUGGUCCAUUCUCUUUUUUAAAAAAAAAAAAGGCGAAUCUGAUCAAGCUGGGGUAAAGUUAAAUUCAUGCUUCUGCCUCAAUUUAAGACAGUAGCUAUGGCGUAGGUAGCUGAGAACUAUACGUCAUACCUCACAUCGUAGCCUGACGUUCUCCCUCCCUGAAGUGCAACUAUGCAGGUUGUUGUGGACCGCAGUGACGGUCUGUGAACGGUCGACUUGGUAGCAUUUCAUCUUCUAUGCGUUUCCAGCUUCUACUGCUUCUCCACUCAGAAGAUCUCCUCUGUUUCAUUUGUCCCAUC